UGAAAGAUGAAACUUUGUUAAUUUGAAGUCGAAUUCUACCUAUUAUUUAAUUUUCCACUUGUAACUGAUCAGAAUUUUCAGAGUAUUUUUCGCAAGUCAAAUUGAACAUUCCUCUGCUAUUUUUAAUCUAAGUAAAUGAUUUUGACUAAUUCAUAAGUUUCGUCCUUUUCAGGAUAUCAUCAAGUUUCUCCAUGGAAAUGCUGGCAACUUCCAAUCAUUUUCGGGGUAGUUUCAGCUGGUGAUUGUAGAAUACAUUUCGGUGGCAUGAUUCAUCGUGUGUUUUAUCAAGUCAACUCAGUAAACGAAUUUCAUUCCCUUGUUUGAUUAAGAAGGCUUUGUGUGUGGAAAGACAGACGAGAUGACCGGCAUAGAAGGGAUGUUUCUCUCCGCUUUUUUACAAGCUCUCUUCCAGACGCUGCUGUCUGAGCCUUUCAAGAGCUUCUUCAAGAGGCGAGAACUGAAUGAGAAUGUACUCGAGAGGCUCAGCACUGCGUUGUUGACAAUAACUGCUGUUCUGAUUGAUGCUGAGGAGAAGCAGAUUACAAACCCGGUGGUGGAAAAAUGGGUCAACGAGCUGAGAGAUGUUGUUUACCAUGCUGAAGAUGCUCUUGAUGAUAUUGCUACAGAAGCUCUGCGUCUCAACAUAGGAGCUGAAUCUUCUUCCUCCAACAGGCUGAGACAGCUUCGUGGCAGAAUGUCCCUGGGCGAUUUUCUUGAUGGGAACAGUGAACAUUUGGAGACCCGGCUUGAGAAGGUCACAAUAAGGCUCGAGCGUUUAGCCUCACAAAGAAAUAUCCUGGGUUUGAAAGAGCUUACUGCAAUGAUACCCAAACAAAGGUUGCCAACGACAUCUCUUGUGGAUGAAUCUCAAGUGUUUGGUAGAGCUGACGAUAAAGAUGAGAUCAUAAGAUUUUUGAUUCCUGAAAAUGGAAACGAUAACCAGUUAACCGUUGUAGCUAUUGUUGGAACUGGAGGGGUUGGCAAAACCACACUUUCACAACUCCUAUACAAUGAUCAGCGUGUUCAGAGUCAUUUUGGAACUAGAGUCUGGGCUCAUGUCUCAGAAGAGUUUGACGUUUUUAAGAUCACCAAAAAGGUUUAUGAGUCCGUUACUUCCCGACCUUGCGAAUUCACCGACCUGGAUGUACUUCAAGUCAAAUUGAAGGAGAGAUUAACAGGAACAGGCUUACCGUUUCUGCUUGUUCUAGAUGAUCUGUGGAAUGAAAAUGUUGCUGAUUGGGAACUUCUACGCCAACCUUUUAUACAUGCUGCUCAAGGGAGCCAUAUUCUUGUGACAACACGAAGCCAACGUGUUGCAUCCAUUAUGUGUGCUGUCCAUGUACAUAACCUUCAGCCACUAUCUGAUGGAGAUUGCUGGUCGUUGUUUAUAAAAACUGUAUUUGGUAAUCAAGAUCCGUGCCUAGAUCAAGAAAUUGGAGAUCUUGCGGAAAGGAUAGUGCACAAGUGCCGUGGCCUGCCUUUGGCUGUGAAAACACUUGGUGGCGUUCUACGGUUUGAAGGUAAAGUCAAAGAAUGGGAGAGAGUUUUAAGCAGCAGGAUUUGGGAUCUUCCAGCUGAUAAGAGCAAUCUACUUCCAGUUUUACGGGUAAGCUAUUACUACCUUCCAGCUCACUUGAAACGAUGUUUUGCCUAUUGCUCAAUAUUUCCAAAAGGGCAUGCAUUUGAGAAGGAAAAGGUAGUUCUUUUGUGGAUGGCAGAAGGUUUCUUGCAACAAACGAGAAGCAAUAAAAAUCUAGAAGAACUCGGAGAUGAGUACUUUUAUGAACUACAAUCAAGGUCGCUUUUUCAAAAGACCAAAACGAGAUAUAUUAUGCAUGACUUUAUCAAUGAGCUCUCUCAGUUUGCUUCAGGAGAGUUCAGCUCGAAGUUUGAAGAUGGAUGCAAACUUCAGGUGUCAGAAAGGACCAGAUAUUUAUCGUACUUACGAGAUAAUUAUGCAGAGCCUAUGGAGUUUGAGGCUCUUCGCGAGGUCAAGUUUCUCAGAACUUUUCUACCACUCAGCCUCACAAAUUCUUCUCGGUCAUGCUGCUUAGAUACAAUGGUCAGCGAGAAGUUACUUCCAACACUUACCCGCUUGCGUGUUUUGUCUUUAUCACAUUACAAGAUCGCGAGGCUGCCCCCAGAUUUUUUCAGGAACUUAAGCCAUGUUCGGUUUUUGGAUCUCUCUCUCACUGAACUAGAAAAACUUCCGAAAUCCCUUUGUUAUAUGUACAACCUCCAGACACUUUUGAUCUCCUACUGUUCUAGCCUGAAGGAGCUACCUACAGACAUUAGCAACCUCAUCAAUCUGCGGUAUCUUGAUCUAAUUGGGACGAAGCUAAGACAAAUGCCGCGGAGAUUUGGUAGAUUGAAGAGCCUCCAGACUCUUACAACUUUUUUCGUGAGCGCUAGUGACGGGGCAAGGAUUUGUGAACUUGGAGAGCUUCAUGACCUUCAUGGAAAACUCAAAAUAAUUGAGCUACAACGAGUUGUGGAUGUUGGUGAUGCUGCAGGAGCAAAUUUAAACAGCAAGAAACAUCUGAAGGAGAUAGAUUUUGUCUGGAGAACUGGAUCUAGUAGCUCAGAGAGCAACACAAAUCCUCACAGGACGCAAAACGAAGCUGAAGUUUUUGAGAAGUUACGCCCGCAUAGUCAUAUCGAGAAACUCACCAUUGAGAGAUACAAAGGAAGAUGGUUUCCUAAGUGGUUAAGUGAUUCUUCAUUCUCAAGAAUCGUGUGUAUACACCUCAGAGAGUGUCAAUACUGUUCCUCCUUGCCAUCUCUUGGUCAACUACCAGGUCUCAAAGAACUUAACAUUUCAGGAAUGGCCGGGAUUAGAAGCAUAGGUCCCGAGUUCUAUUUCAGCGAUCUACAACUGCGGGAUAGAGACCAACAGCCGUUUAGAUCACUUGAAACACUGCGAUUUGAUAACCUGCCAGAUUGGCAAGAGUGGUUAGACGUAAGGGUCACAAGAGGAGACUUGUUCCCUUCUCUCAAGAAACUUUUCAUCCUGAGAUGUCCAGCGCUAACAGGGAAUCUACCUACCUUUCUUCCUUCUCUGAUCUCUCUUCAUGUCUAUAAAUGCGGCCUCUUAGAUUUCCAGCCAGACCACCACGAAUACAGGAACCUUCAAACGCUAAGCAUAAAAAGCAGCUGUGACUCUCUCGUUACAUUUCCUUUAAGCCAGUUCGCCAAGCUCGACAAGCUCGAAAUCGAUCAGUGCACAUCCUUGCACUCUCUUCAGCUCUCAAAUGAGCAUUUGCAUGGUCUGAAUGCCCUAAGAAACCUGAGAAUCAAUGACUGUCAGAAUCUGCAGCGUCUUCCAGAGCUAAGCUUCCUGUCUCAACAAUGGCAGGUCACGAUCACGAACUGCAGGUAUCUCAGACAGUCAAUGGAACAACAGCAUCAAUAUCAUCAUCCUCAGUUUCAUCUUCCUAGAUCAAACGUUUCAGGCUCACCGAGGUCUUAUGGUUCACACAGAUCAUAUGAUUCACGUUCAUCUUCAAGAUAUGACUAAACCUGAUUCGGUCGCCUUAAUCAAAUACCUUUAUCUUUGUUCCAUUUCUCUGUGGCUCUUCCUUUCUAGUUUUGUACUACUGUUGUGAGUUUUGUAACAAGUGUUUUAUUAUCUUUUCCCCAGUCACAGGGAUUUUCCAACUAUAAAAAAGAACAUUAGCACUUUGAAUCAAAUAUAGAAAAUAUAAGGGUA